UAGUAGCGACGGCCUCCACCCUAGUAGCUAUGGCCUCCGGGCAUAGCUCACACCCGAAGCAUAUCUUUAAGUCCUUAGACUCUUAGACUCUGUAGCUUAGCUGACCAAGUCUUGUCCCACAAAUUCUUUUCUCCAACCCACAGACUUUAAGCAUGUACUAAGUAGUACAUGUUCUUUUGUUCUUUGUCAAGGUCUUAGGCCAGCACACUCAUUUAUUUGUGAGGAGCAGUUGAGAUCAGAGGUCAGAUUCGAGGAGAUUCCAAGUGAGGGAACUGAAGAAACGUGGAUCCAUUCACAGACUGACGUCACCUAAACCGGGGAAGGAACAUCAUCAAAUCCAGUUUUGUUUGUGAAAGAGAAACUGCGUGGCUGGGUCUUGAGAACGUAAAUCAGCGCAGUUUUGAUAGCAGUUCACCGAAAUUUGAAGACAUGUGCACGGCAAAACGCACCAAAACAUGUACCUGAAAUGGUGAAUUGGUCUUUGGAGACAGUCUUUGGUUUGAGGAGACGCCGGCAGUACCGGAGGUGCCUCCGGUAUCGAAUGGGUGUGACAAGUGUGUUAGCCCCAGGGGCCCCACUUCUGGCGAAGCUGGGACAAUCAAGGGGCCUUCCCUCAUGGCGUCUCAAGGCGAAAUAGCAAGAUGUGAGAUGUCACACCUGUGGGCUCAAGUGCUUUUAGGGAUGCAAUUGGCAGGGGAUGUUCGGGGUGUAUCUUAUUUCAGUUUGUACAUGAAUGUACAGCUGAUAAUGGGGACGACACUUGCAUGCACCUACUGCCAAUGUUGGUUGAAAGACCAUCAUUUCAAUAUCAUGUGAUUGCACCAACGAUGUUGUAUGGUGCAUGUUGUUUGUCAGAGAAAAAAAGAAAAGGAAAAAACAUCAGGACCUACUAGUAGCUUCUUGCUCCUAGUCCUAGUAACGAUGCCAGGAGCCCCUAGUAGCGUCCUUGCUCCUAGUAGUAAGGCCAGGAGCCCCUAGUAGCGUUCUUGUUCCUAGUAGCGAUGCUUUUUGCCCAUUUAUAACUUGGAACGCAUAGGCAUAGAUGUUGGCUGCACGGGAAAUUUACAAGAUGCUUUUGCGCAAUGUUUUGGCGUAGUUGAUGAAGCUGCAAGACACAUUUACAUUGUGGAUAGCAAAACUGAAUAAAACUGACCGCGGACAGCAACAAGUUGCCCUGGGGUUCUCCAUUUGUCGCUGAUGACCAACUUGCGAUGUUCUCAGCUGCCACGCCAAGGCGCGCGAGGCGCGCUCGUUUCGGAGCGCCUCCGCUGCUCCGGCGGUGGAGGACGCGCCGUGGCGACCCUCGGCCCCGCGGGGUGGAGCUACGUCGGAACUCCGGGCGCAAAGCGCGGAGCUGGGGCGGCAGGAGCGAUCUCGAGCGAAGCGAAAGGGCCAUGUGUGGUCUCCCAUGACGGAUGCCUUUGAGGCAGCUCGGAAGGCGGACGAGGCGGCCCGGGCAAAGGCAGAUGUGCCCAAAGAGGCAAAGGAGAAGAGCACCAAACCAAAUGUCAGCUCUGAGCGGCAAGGCCAAGUGGCUCAACAUGAGAUCCGAAGCCAGUUGCAAGCCCUGGCCGAGUCGAAACUGCGUGCUGUCGAGAACGAGGACUUUGAAUUGGCCGAAAAGUUAAAGCAUCAAGAACAGGAGCUUCAGCAGCUAUGCCCAACCAAGUCUUGGGCCUCUUUGGUGGUGGACCGGAUACCGCCGCCGGCCGCCCAGCGCGGUUCCCGUGGCGAGAACACCGUCUUCCGCCGGGGGGUUGGCAUGGUGCCCAAAGCAGGCCCGGCACCCCGAGGGGCGCCCGCAGCACCUCCUCCGGUGUCCGGCAGCGCCGGCGGCUGUGCCGGCGGCUGCGCUGCGGCCAUGUCGGCGACCCGACAGGCUGCAGGGAAGUUGGUGUUCGUGCUGACAGCCCCAGGCGAACUCACACCUGAAAGCUUCAAAGCAACGACCACUCACGUGGCGCGCCGAGACGCCCUAGCGCGCAUUGCGACGGCUGCGCUGUGGAGGGGCCGUGGCCUUCCGUGGGAUGAUAUCCAUGAGAUUGUGUUCAUCUUCGAGGACUAUCGAGCCUUGCAUAUGAGCCCUCGCUUUGUGGCCAGUUGUCCCGUGCCUUCAGAGUACCACAUGAUCAUGGUCCUCCAAAGGGCAUUGGAAGGCACUCAAAUGCCAGGUUUGCACAUCUCGGCGCCCGAUCGCGAGCGAUUUCUGGGGGGGCACAUCGACGACAUGGUGGCCCAGUACGCCCACAGCGGUCCCACCUCCGUGGUGCUUCUGCACGAGGCCUAUCCACAGAGCUUGGGGCUCUAUGAUGACAACCUCCGAAGUGAUACAGCAGGAGAAUCAUCAAAGAGAACGCUCCUCUUCUUCCUGGGCGCUGUCAAAGACAUGACCCCGGAAGAGAGUCGUGCUGUGGUCAAAGCUUGCCGCGCUCGUGAGGUGCCAUGUGUUGAGGCCAACCUCGGUCAGCAUGCAGAGUUCACCUCCAAAAUCAUUGAUGUGCUGCAUGGCCAUCACCUGUAUCGCCGCUUGGCCCCUGCUGUUGCUUUCCGAGCGCGGCGCGCGGCCGCGAGCGCCGGCGCCGGCGCCGGCGGCGCGGGCGGCGUGGUCCCGCCACAGGGGACGUUCUGGGUCUUCGUGCCGAUGAGUGGCUCACCUCGAGAGAUGGUGGCCGACGAUAAGAAAAAGGAUGGCCAAUACGAGAUCCCCCGGUGCUGCAUUUCACAGCUUUGGUGUUCCAAGAGUGAGCACCGUUGUCAUGCCUUGUCCUUCGUGUAUCCUGGCGGAGAGGUCCUCACUGUGAACCCUUCGCUGGUGACCUGCUUGAAGCUGCAGCACCGCGCGGCCCCCACGGAGCGCAAUUUGGUGAGUGCGCUGCGGGUGGCCAGUGGCGACUGGAGGGCCGAUCCCAACCUCACGGUGGACGAGGGCUGCGUAGUCCUGGGCGACGCCGGCAAUGUCAUGGCCAAGCGAGGUGAAGCUUUACAUCCUCAGCGCACCGCCCUGUUGGACCUGGAGGUGGGCAGCGAAGGUCCUGUUCCACGGCUGGAUCCUUACACUGGCAGCAGUGGCAAGGGGUUGCAAAACGUGGUGGUGUUGCUACACCAGUCUGGUGCGCGCGACUUCCCGCGCAACUUCCGGUCGCAGUUGCUCAAAGGUUUGUUCCCCAAGGGCACCUCAAAGACUUGGACGCAGCUCGCCAUGCCUCGUCUUAGCAUUCACGCCUCCAUCUCUUUGUUGGGUCAUUUCUGGGACACCCGCGCCUUAACGAGAGCCUUGGAAAAGAUCCCAGGCGUAUCUCGUGCACAGUCACAGGAGCCGGCGGCAAACGAAGCAGCACCCAUCAAAAUCCUUCAGCGCAAGGCGGAAAUCAGUGACCGGACCGAAGAGACGGAAGGAUGGCUACGACAAGGCCGUCGAGGGAAGCAAGAAGUCGAGGAGAAGAAUGAAUUGCCCUUGGAGAUCCUUCAACGUCAGGAGCCGGGUCCAGCGCCGGAUUUACCGGUCCAGCCGGUCCAGCCCACACCGGAGGAGAGUGCUUCAAGUGCAGCAAAAGCAUCAAAGCCCGAAGAAGAGCGUUCUCCCACGUCUCCCAUUUGGGAACGUCUUCAGGCGCAACGAGAUCAAGGCACUCCUCGCACUCCGGUGGCCUGGGAAGAGCUGCUCAGUAGUGAUGAAGAGCUAGUGGAGAAAGGGCUCGAGUCUGCCUAUGUUGCCGGGGAGGUCCUUUUAGUUAUAUCGGGCAUGUGGAGAUAUGUGGAGAUUAGCAAUUUGAUGAUAUCAUUGGAACGGUUUGAGGUGAUCAAUGCUUGGAGAUGCUCCAGCGAUGGUGGCAAACUUGAUGAGAAUUGCGGCAUGUAUGGCCUGCGCCUCAUCAACAACUUCUACGCGGACUUUGCUGGGACGCGCUCCGACUUCGUGGUGGUGGGCCAUCCGGAAUACAACCUCGGGAAGGUCCGUUCCGACUACGGCUACAAGGAGGGCUGGGACACCACGGGUAUUCCCAGCAUUCCCGGGAGGAGCUUGCCGGGUGACCGAAUCCAGAAGAUGGGCACAGGGAGAUACCUGAAAGCCUUGGCCAAGCCCGAGCCGAAGCCGAAGUACAAGGAGCGCGUGCUCGCGAAGAGCCGAUCAGAGCCGCAGCUGGCGGCUCGCAAGGUGGGCGAUGAGCCCGGAGGUGACAUUGAUACGUUCUUCCAGGAGCUGAUGUCGAUCGACAAGCUGCCUCCAUGCACGCCGAACCGUCUGACCGCCGGGUGGGCCAACGAUCUGCGAUCACAAGCAGUGAUGAAGCAUUAUUCUUCUGUGCAGGAGGAACUCGAAAGCCUUCGCGGACGGGUGCAACGCUCCCCGGAUGCGGUGAAGGUGGAGUUGGAGGUCGAUGAUGCUUGGCGUGCGGGGACUCUGAAUGAAAAAGCGAGCCUGUCGGAUCUCAGAGCAGCCAAACCUCCACUGCGGCCCAACUCGCCUCACGAGAGCAGCAUGAUGCCUACUCGGUUGUGA